UGCUAUGCGGCGUUGGAAAUGUACGCAAUGAACUUUGUAAGAACUGCUAGUCCAAGAGGUCCAGUUACGUCGGCCUUGCCGGGCAAGUCGACUAAAGCCAUUUAUUCCUGGCUUUGCUCACUCCCUCUCCUCCCACCCACCCGAAAAAGGUAGAGAAGAAACGGUGACGUGUUGGCAAAUACAAAUAAACAAGAAUUCUCAACACCAUAAAUUGCGGAGUUUGAAGAUUUUCUGAAUGCAAUCUCUGACAAAUCGAUUGAUCGGGAGGAUGUGGGGCAGAGCUCUGCGAAGGAAUGACUUCCAGUCAAGAUUGGAAAGAACUUUAGUGACCAAUGGAAUUGUGGCUCCGGCUGAUCGUUACCUUUCCUGGGACAAGUUCACUCCUGUCAAGCUUCGGAUGGAGGAGGUUCAUCCGGGUAACAUCCCACCCACGACAGUAUCCAACUUUCUCAAGGAUCAUGUGGAACAGUUCUGGAGCAGGACUGCUCUGUGUACGAAAGUGGAAGAUAAAUGGGUUGGCAGAACAUUUGAGCAGUACUACCAAGAAGUCCAAAUUACUGCCAAGGCUUUUCUGGCUUUGGGUUUGGGGUCUAAAGAAGGUGUGGGGAUCUUGGGCAAUAAUUGUCCAGAAUGGAUGAUUGCUAGUGUGGCCAGCAUUGUGUCCGGGGGCUUAAGCUGUGGAAUGUACACGACCAGUUCCAAACAGACUGUUCAGUUCAUUGCUGACAAUGUGCCGGUAACCAUUUUGGUAAUUGAAAAUCAGGCCUUUUUGAACCAGAUUCUACUAGGACGAAAUCUCACGGAGGUGUUUCCUACUGUCAAAAAAGUUAUUUUGAUGGAAGGAGCACCUAAUUCAAGUCAACACUCGUCGUCCUUCGUAUUAAGUUGGCAACAAAUGCUAGAAGUGGGAAGGACUGAAAGUGGAUCCAACCUGGCGAGCGUUGAAAAGCAUCAUCGAGCUAAUGAGGCGUGUCUGAUCAUCUAUACUAGCGGAACAACGGGUGAACCAAAAGGGGCCAUGAUUAGUCAUGACAACAUUGUAUGGUCUUGCAAGAUUGUACAAGAACACUUCAGUUGGCAUCAAGAGGAUGUUCUUAGCUAUUUACCUUUGAGUCACGUUUCCGGUCUCAUGGUGGAUUGCUAUCUGACUUGGUCGAGUGGAAGCACAAUAUAUUUUGGGGACAAAAAUGUUCUCAAGGGAACGUUGCCCCGAUUUCUGCAAGAUGUGAGACCUACUAGAUUUUUGGGCGUGCCCAGGGUUUGGGAGAAAAUAGGAGUUGCGAUACAAGCGAAGGCUGCUCAAGGAUCAUCAACGAAAAGAGCCCUCGGGAUGUGGGCGAGAAACAAGCAAAUGGAUCAUAUUCGGCGCAAACGUUCAGGCGACAACAAAUUUGAUUGGAGCCACUCCAUUGCCAAGCGAUUGGUUCUAAGUCGGGUUCAUGAAGCUCUGGGAUUGGAUCGUGCGGUGGCCAAAGACGGUUUAUACUCAGGAGCAGCAACUCUUUCUGCAGAGACUUUUGCUUAUUUCCAAAGUUUGGGAAUAAAUUUGCAAAGUAUAUACGGGUGCUCGGAGGCCACAGGACCUCAAACUACGAAUUUAAGCGAUUCAACAAGCCCCCCCGAAUUCAUGGGACUUCCCUUCCUUGGUGUGCGGAACACAAUCUUGAACCCGGACAAAAAAGGUGUGGGAGAAGUGGCUGUACGGUCCCGAAAUGUGUUCAUGGGUUACCUCAAUGAUGAGCCUCUCACCCAAGAGUCCUUCACUGAAGAUUCAGGGUGGUUCAAAACCGGCGAUCUCGGCCGAUUUGAAAGUGACGGAUCCCUAGAGCUCAAAGGAAGAAUCAAAGAGCUCCUCAUCACUUCGGGCGGGAAAAAUAUUUCCCCCAUUCCAAUUGAAAACCGCAUUAAGCACGCCCUCCCCGAAUUGAUUAGCAAUGUGGUAUUAGUUGGAGAGCAAAGACAUUACCUCACAUGUCUGAUUACCCCUCGGGUCAAAAUAGAUCCCGAGACAACUCUUCCCACGACCGAUCUGGACGAUUCCGUGUUACAAUGGCUGGCCAUUCAAGGCUUGACGAACGUGAUGACUACCUUCGAUUUAGUGAGGGAGGUGGAGACAAAUGCCGUCUUGGCUAAGGCCAUUCAAAGUCAAAUUGACCUAAUCAAUGAGAGUGCCCAAUCCAAGCCCGAGUGUGUUCAAAAGUUUCGCGUUCUUCCCGAAGACUUUUCCAUCCACGGCGGACAACUUGGACCCACCCUCAAACUGAAGCGCCAUCGGGUCAUGCAGCAAUACAAGCCCAUCAUUGACCAAAUGUAUUUGGAAGGAUAAAGUCAACACGUUUCGGCGAAUGGUUAUCGUUUUACGAUUAACGUAAUCUUAUUACGUUACUUUCUUACCGAUACUUUCCUGCCGAUACUUUCCUCUAAUAAGAAUAUAGGUUCCUUAUAUGACACUUA